AUGGAUACAAUACCGCUUCCCGACCAGGUUUCUGAGCUCUACAAUGACCUUCUUUCCCGCUGUGCACCCAAUGAGCAUAAAGAUUGGGGACUCGCCAUCACAGCUCUGAAGCUCCUCGCCAUUACCCACAGACCAUUUAGCAUACUAGAGUUGUCCUGGGCGGUUACCCUGCAUACCGCUCGUCAUGUUACUACUGUUGACGAUCUUUCCAAGCUAGUGGACCACCAAAAGCUCAUGAGCAUGAUCCAGCCCUUUAUCACAAGUGUUGAGCUUGAUGACUUGAGAAAAUACCAAGUUCAGGCCAUAGACAAGUCGUUGCAGGACUUAAUCAAGGAGAACUGGGCCACAAAAUACUCGAAUACAGAAGGUUCACACUCGGGAGACGAUGGACAACGCUUUGAAAGCCCAGAAGCAUUAAUAUUGGAUAUAUGCGUGCGAUAUCUUCUUUUAGAUGAGAUAGGCGCCAAAUUCGUGUUUUCCGAAGAGCAGAUUGCGAUUUCGGAGCUUCCGCAAGCGUCCGACUUGUUCAACGAUGAGAAGGACCCAGUCAAGUACAAUUCUCAUUGCUCGUGGGAAGCUUGGGAAGAAGACAUGACUCGGUUCAGUCCGACUGAGCGUGGAUUGGGCGAGUUCUUUGUCUACGCGUCAUGCUACUGGCCUGAAUAUUAUCGUCUUGUCACGGCUGAGGCCCUUCCCAGACUAGCGAGCAUCGAAAAGUUGUGUCAAGCCGACUCGAACCGACUUCGCAAUUGGACUCAGCAAAACCGUCGUCCAGGCUGUGCGAUGCCGCCGAGGUUCCCAUUUGACAGCCAGCUAUAUGAUCCCCUCAGUAUCACCUGCCUUUAUGGCUCUGUGGAUAUGCUGCAUUUCAUGCUCAGAGAUUCUAAUUUUGACAAUGGCAACUUCCUCGAGACGACGGCCACGAAGGCAGCAGAUCAAGUCCUUCAAUGGGGAGACAUGUCCAGGCUCAGGGCACUUUUUCUGGAUCCGAGACUUGGUCAUCAGCUACGAAAUCUGGACUUUUUUCGCCUGAUUAUCCGCAGGUGGCGUGAAUCGAGUGUCUGUCGACCCGACUGGGAAGAUGCUUUUGCACUGAUUGACCUCAUGAGAGAUCAAAUGGUUCAGCAGCAAUGGGGAUAUGAGCUCUGGUGCAUAGCUGCCAGUGCAGGCUGCGCGCCCAUUGUUCAGAGAUUACUGUCUGGCGCUCGGCAUAAUGAAGGGCUUAGAAGAGAGCUACUGCGUGAAUUCUCACUCAUGCCACAAGUGGCACCCUUGAAGUGAUAUGGUCAUGUGGUGGUAAACUGGCUGGGGGAAUUACAACGAACUACAUCGUCAUUAUCUGCCUGCGGCAAGAAUAUGCCCUUCAUUUGACCUUCGA